GUCUGAUACAGACUUCACUUGAAAGUGCUUCCCUGCAAACGCAAAGUUUAUAGCGUAGCAAUGCUUUAGUUGGAACAUCCUCUUCCCCGCGCCAUAUCUGUCGCCUGCUACUUCAUCAAAACUGUCACUGGAUCUCAAAUGCUCUCAAGGACCAGCUCCAGUUGGAGAACGAGACUCAUGUCCCUCGCACACGGAUCUCCAAUUACCAGCGAUAAUCUCCACACAUCGAAAACGUAACAAAACUGGCAGCGGAAUCGCAACAUGCCAGAGCUAGACGCCAAUAGGUCAAGGCAGGCCGGCCCCGGGAACGAACACAAGGCGACAGGCGUCCUCGCUCCGUGGGGCGAACCGGCGUGGUUCCAUGCCCUCGAGAGUCCCUACUACAAUGACUCUCACCGGCGAUUCCAGACAUACGUACGAGACUUUGUCGACACCCACUUGCUUCCGUACGCGCAGGAAUGGGAGGCAGCCGGGAAAGCUCCUCUGUCAGCAAGAUUGAGGUUCGCCAAGUCCGGUCUUGCUUUUCUCGACGUCCCAAAGGAGUACCGACCCACGGAGCUCAUGACUAUCGCGGGUACCCCAUUCGAUAAGCUUGAUGUCUUUCACGAGCUGAUACUCAUGGACGAGAUGGCCCGCAUCCCCAGUGGGGUUCCCCUCGCUCUAGCGGGGGCGUCGAACGUGGGCGCGCCCCCCAUUUUUGCUGCGGGUACCGAGGAGCAGAAGAGACGAUGGCUGCCUGGACUGUUUACCUGGGAGACCAGCUUCUGUCUUGCCAUCACGGAGCCGACUGCCGGCAGUGAUGUGAGCGCCAUUCGGGCCACUGCGGAAAAGACUCCCGAUGGCAGGCACUACGUCGUCAAUGGCCGGAAGAAGUGGGUUACGGGUGCACCCUGGGCAACCCAUAUGACCACCGCUGUACGAAUGGGAGAGCCAGGGCGGAGCGGGAUCUCGCUGUUGGUCGUGCCUCUGAAGUCCCCCGGCGUCACGAUCAGGAAGAUCCACAAUUCCGGGCACAACGCCGGUGGUUCCUCGUGGGUGGUGCUGGAGGACGUCAAGGUCCCGACGGACCACCUAAUCGGUAAAGAGAACGGGGCGUUCCCCAUCAUCAUGCGCAACUUCAACAAGGAGCGCUUCAUCCUCACAGUGGACUGCAACAGACAAGCCCGAAUAUGCCUUUCAGAGGCAUUGCAGCACGCACAUGAUAGGGAGACGUUUGGAAAACCUCUCGCCUCGAACCAAAUCAUCCGGCAUAAGCUUACGACUCUUGCCCGCGAGAUUGAGGGCCACUGGGCAUGGUUGGAGCAGAUUGCCUACCACGUCCACAUUCACGGCUGGCAGACUAAGGACGUCGCAAGCAGAAUUGCGCUGGCAAAAAUUCAAGGCGGCAGGAUCGUGGAGCAAGCCGUCAGGGAGAGCCAGCAAAUACACGGCGGUAUGGGCUACGAGAAAGGGGUGACUAUGACGGAGCAGAUCUCUCGAGACCUCCGACUGAAAGUCAUUGGCGGUGGUAGCGAGGAGAUUCUGAGUGACCUCGCGUGGCGUGAGGAGCACAAGCGAGCUUCCGAUCGAGGCGCGAAACUUUAAGAAACUUUCGAUGGCUUGAAAAUCAGAUUAUAACAAGCUUAAACACAUUUUCUGUAGCCCUGAACCGUCUUUUGCCAUGAUCUGUAUGACUGGCGUAGUUGCCUAGGUCUAGAAUGGGAACUUCUGCAUAUCCUUCUACUUCCGCGAUCCACGAAGGUUCAUUACGUGGUAGCGUCGCAUGACUGCAUUGCGAGUCAUGAAUGCUCAAACCGCUAUUCGGACCAUGAUACGAAGUGUUCCAGAAUGAGACUAAAGCCGAGACGUCCACGUGUCGUCCGAUAUAUCGACAAGUGCUUG